GGUAGAGCACAAAUAGUCCAUUAUGUAGCUUUGGGCUUAUCAACAAAUGAACAAUUCAAAAAGUGGAAAGAGUAGGUGACUAACACCGUAUAGUAAAGUCGAAAUUAUAAAACAUUCACGAUAUGUCAUGCGUUAGAACAAUAACUCAAAAAAUGUUGACUGACCGCAAUACCACUUUAUCAACUGUAUGUUACAGUGGUCCUGUGUGUGGAUGUAGUUUCUGAAGAACUUGUAGUACGCCUUUGUUUAUGACUUAUGUGAAUUAGGCCUAAAAUUAUAGAAAUAUAUCUUCAGGAUUACAGACGUAUCUACGCAUAUAUUGAUUUAAUUUAGAUAAGCUUAUUUGAUACCUGUUUUCAACUUAUUUUUUAUACAUUGGCAAAGGGAGUCAACAUGGACAGAAAGGUGAUGUUUAUCUUUGUUGGUGUGGUCUUUGUUACUUUUCUGUCCAUUACUCACCAGUGCAAUGAAGGAGUCUGUGGAUCAAUUGUAAGCAAAUGUAUGCUCACUCAGUCCUGCAAGUGCGAGAAAACAAAUGUGACUUGCAAUCGUAACUGUUUCUAUUGUUUGGAUGAUUUAUAUACAGAGUGUUGCUCAUGUGUAGAGUUGUGUCCUAAACCCAAUGACACAGACACAGAUUUGAGUAAGAAGUCACACGUUGAAGAUCUUCCUGAACCAAUUCCAGCACUUUUCACAGUAUUGACUGAAGAGGAAGACCACAAGCUUCGUUGGAUAUCCUACACAUUCCCAGCACACAUAACAAUUAUUACUGCAAAUGGAAAAAAUGAAAUAAAGUUUUCUUCUGUGAGAACAGGAAUUGAAGAAGAAGACUUGGAGGAUCAAGAAGUAAACUGUACUGUUGCUUACAUGUCUCAGUGCAUGUCAUGGAAUAAGUGCAAAAGUUCUUGUAGAUCCAUGGGAGCAGCCAGCUAUCGAUGGUUUCAUGAUGGUUGUUGUGAAUGCAUUGGUUCUACUUGUAUUAAUUAUGGAAUAAAUGAAAGCAGAUGUUAUCAAUGUCCGAUUGAGAAGGAUGAACUGAGUGAAGAAGAGGAGGCGGAGACGAUAAUAAAAACACAAAAGAAAACUUUUGAUAGCUAUGAUGAGAAGAAGUUUGGCAAGCCUGAUAUAAAAGACAGUGGAAAGAAAAUCUCAAAAACUUAAACCAUUAAUAAUUUUCAGACUGGACAAAGGUAAAAGAAAAGGCUGGAGUUCUGAAUUUUUAAUUUUUGUCAUGAAACAAUGAGAGCAGUUUUAUUAGACAUUGAGUGAAUGAUGAGGAUCUAUUUGUACUUACAUACUGUACAUGCAUUAAUCUCUAACAUAUAAGGCCAAAUACUGUUUCUGUGUAUACUAGAGGAAUAUUUUUUUAAUUUGUGCAGAAUGUUACAAAAAAAUAGCCAAUUUGUUAACUGAUGCAGGUUUUAUAAAAGUGUACAGUUACAUAAAUAUUCCAUAUAUGUAUAAGUAUACAUAUAUGUAUGUGUAUUCCUGUGUAUAUGCUAAGAUGGUUUGAUUAUACCUGAUACUAUAUAAGGCAUGAAACUGAGUACAAAUCCAUAAUGAUUUUCCAUAAUCACCAAAACCAUGUGUUAAUUUUCACAUAUUCUAACACAUUCAUAAUCAAACUUAAUUUUUCUGCUACACAAUAAGUUAUAUUGUUAGCCCUAAGUAACCAAACUUUUGCAGAACCCACCAAUAUUUUUCAUAUUACAGUAAAUUGUCUUUUAUUACAAGUGUUUCAAUUUGUAUGGAUUGUGUACAUAGAUAACAGUAUUUCAUAUAAAAUCUAAGGUGGUUUAUGUCUUCUUAUUUUUUAAAUGCAUGUUUAAUAUUCAGUUAAAUUUUUGUUAGUAUUUAUGUAACAGUGCUACUAUUUA